AAACUCAAAAUCUCUAAUUCAUGAAACAUCGAAGAUUCUGAUUCUAUGGAGGCAUUGAACGAGCUUUGCGACAUCAUAGAGAAGAAUCCGAAGCAAUUUUUGGAUAAGCUUCCUUGGAUAUGCCAACAAUGUCCACAACCCAAACAGCUUCGUACCGAAUCGCCCAGGGUUUCUCAGAGUCAUCUCAACGCGGUCUUAUCCGUCACUCGAAUCCUCUCCAAGAACCUCGACACAUCCCAAAACGACGCCAAAUUCGUCGUUUUAGAUUUCCUCCAAGCUCUGCAUUCGUCGUUUCGCCGUUCGUUCUGGCCGUAUUCGUACACGUUAGAGUCGCUUUCCGCGUUCUAUUUAAGUUUCUUAGGUUACGUUUCGUGUCUUUCACCUGAAUUUGGUACUAUGGUUGUGGAGCUUGUCAUGAUGAGUUGCUGUGGUGAGACUGAGAGUGACGACAGAGAUCAAUCCAUCUCUAUGGCUUUCUUGGUUGCUGUGUCUCAGCAUUUUCCCACUAUUCAGCAGUCUGAUGGGGAUAAAUUUGUUACAGUGCUGCUCCAUCAGUUUCCUGCAGAUGAGCUGAGUUCUAAAGAUGUGCUUUUGCACAAAGUGGCUUCUUUUGAGGAUGAAUCCAUUGAGUGUUUGGAGAAGCAAGAGAUUGCUUUCAAAUUGGUAACCAAUGUUUUGUGUCAAGUGAAACUUGAUUCUAGACUACACCUUCAUGUUAGAGCCAUUUCUAAGAGGCAGCUCCAAUCAAUGUCUGCGUUUCUCAAGUCAAGAAGGCAGGACUGGAACACACAAGACCCACUUCUGAAAACUAGGGUCAAUGCCAAACUGUUUGUGUAUCAGGCUGCGGCUCAAAUGGAAAUCGAUAGUCUUAUGUCCCUUGAAACAGAUGGAAAGAAAAGAUUGAUCCUGGAAGCUCUUACAUUGCUAAUAGAUACUGCAGAGGCCUGCUUCACAUCCCUGUGGCGGAAUAUGAAAGCCUGCAAAGAUUUGUUCAUCUCUAUGCUUUCUGGGACUGCAAAAAUUGCAGCGGCAGAGGCAGGACAGCCACUUCGUCUUUUCCUUACCCGACUUAAACCACUGAUACUAGCUGUCUGCGCUCAGCCUGAUACUAGGGUGAGCAGUCAGGGGAAUAUGUUUGAGAGCGUAUUUAGAAUAAGUUGUGAGAUAAUUGAAUCUGGUUGGGCUAAGGAUCAAGCUUCAGUGAACGCCUUCAUCGUGGGGUUAGCUUCCAGUAUUCGUGAAAGAUAUGAUUAUGAAGAGCAGGAUGAUAGAGAGAAGCAAGUUCCUGAUGUCCUGCUGAAUGUAAUACAGCUGCUUGCUGAUAUCAGCGUUGCUGUUCAAAAGCCUGAAGUAGCAGACAUAAUUUUCCAAUUUUUGAUUGAAAGCCUAGAGGAGUGUGAUGUUUCAACUCCUCGCUCUUUGCGACUCCAACUUCUCGAAGCUGUAUCUCGGAUAGCAUCUUUAGGAUUUGAGAAGUCCUACCGUCAGGCAGUAGUUCUGAUGACUAGAAGUUACUUGAGCCAAAUAUCGAGGCUUGAAUCCGUGGAAAGCAACACAUCAGCCCCAAAAUCCAGAUCUGAACACAAUGAGACUCUUCCUGCAGGUUUUCUUACAAUUGCUUGUGGUCUUAUGAAGACAAAACUGCGUGCAGACUAUCGGCAUCGGCUGCUUUCCUUAUGCUCAGAUGUAGGCCUUGCUUCUGAGUCCAGUGGAGGGAGCGGUGCAGAACUUUUAGGUCCCCUUCUUCCUGCUGUUGCAGAAAUAUGUUCGGAUUUCGAUCCCACCUCAAAUGUGGAACCAUCACUUAUAAAAUUCUUUCGCAAUUUAUGGUUCUAUAUAGCUCUUUUUGGCUUAGCACCUCCUAUUCUGGACACUCCCCUCCCGGAAGUAAAAACAACCUCCAAUUCAGUGAAUAGUGCAGGACGAAUUAGCACAUUCUCUCUACGAGCUGUACUAGGGCCUUACAUGUGGAAUACUCAGUGGGCUCUUGCUGUUAAGAGGAUUUCUCUGGGCACUCCUCCCCUUGUCUUCAGUUCUGCAAAAUGGCUCGAAGACGAAUUAGAGCUCAAUUUGCUUCAUAAUUCUGAUAACUUGCGAGGAACUGGGAAUAAGAAAGUAGCUUCAACUCAGAGAACUGCUCUUUCAAUUGCCGUGGGUGGUCGAAUUGACGUGUCAACAAUUCUCACCAUCUCAGGUGUGAAGGCCACCUAUCUUCUUGCAGUAGCUCUGUUGGAGGUCAUACGUUUUAUUAGCAACGGGGGUAUCCUUAAUGGUGGCCCAAGUGUGUCUGCUUCUCGGAGUGCCUUCAGUUGCGUCUUUGAAUACCUUAAAUCUCCAAACCUUAACCCUGCUGUUUCCGAGUGUUUGACAGCAAUUAUGCAUAGAGCCUUUGAAGCAGCAGUGUCAUGGCUGGAAGAUCAUAAAUCUCGCACUGGGUAUGAUGCUAGUAUAAUAGAAUCCACGACAGAAGCUCAUGCAUGUUUCCUCAUAAAGAGCAUGUCACAGAGAGAUGAACACAUACGAGAUAUCUCAGUGAACCUGUUGAGUCAGAUCAGGGAAAAGUUUCCCCAGGAUAAGCUGUGUAAGGCAAACACAGUGCCGCGAACACAAACUACAACUAAUGUGAUUUCUCUUCUAGCUGAGAUAAAGAUUGGAACUGGGAAAAAUGAAAUUUGGUCUGGGAUAAGAACAGCAAAUAUCCCAGCUGUGAUGGCUGCAGCAGCUGCAGCGUCAGGGGCAAAUUUAAAAACUUCUGGCGCCUUCAACCUUGAGGUACUCAGUACUAGCGUAGUUAGUGCAACAGUAAAGUGCAACCAUACCGGACAAAUCGCUGGCAUGCUAAGGUUGGAAAACAGUGUUGGUGGAUUUUCAAUCAAUGAAAUGUUGAUUUCCAAUUCUGUGCGUCUCCUUCAACAAUUUGUUAGUACUGCUGAGAAAGGAGGAGAGGCCGACAAGUCACAAUUUCGAGAAACUUGUUCUCAAGCUACUGCACUACUUCUGUUAAAUCUGCAAGCUGAUGAGCCAAAAACAACCAUCAAAGGCUUCUCUCAAUUACUGCGUCUCCUUUGUUGGUGUCCAGUUUAUAUGUUAACUCCAGAUGCUAUGGAAACUGGAGUAUUCAUAUGGACCUGGUUGGUUUCCGCUGCUCCACAACUAGGAUCGCUUGUCCUUGCCGAGCUUGUUGAUGCAUGGAUAUGGACAAUUGAUUCAAAACGAGGACUCUUUGCAUCUGAUGUGCGUUAUUAUGGUCCAGCUGCAAAAUUAAGGCCCCAACUUUGCCCUGGAGAACCAGAAAAUCCACCUGAAAGUGAUCCUGUUGAUCAAAUACUCGCUCACAGAUUAUGGCUUGGAUUUUUGAUAGAUCGUUUUGAGGUUGUUCGACAUAGUAGUGGGGAGCAACUCUUGCUACUUGGUCGGUUGUUACAACGGAGUACGUAUCUUGACUGGUGUUUUACCCGCCACCCGGCAGCAGCUGGUACCUUUUUUUCCUUGAUGCUCCUUGGACUGAGGUUCUCCUCAUGCCAAAGACAAGGAAAUAUGCAGAAUAUUAGACAUGAACUCCAGCUAUCGGAAGAUCGAAUUUACAGGACUUCUUUAGGCUGGUUUGCUCGUCAGCCAGAGUGGUAUGAUGUAAACAUUCCAAAUUUUUGUCAGAGCGAGGCUCUAUCGGUUUCUCGUUUUCUUCAUUUUUUGCAAAGCAAACAAUCAGAUUCCACUGAAUCUAGUUCCAAAGGAAUAGCUUGUGACAAUGGGAACUUAAUUGAUGUGAUCGAUAAGUUUCAUCCUGUCUGGGGUGAAAUGGACAACUCUGCAGUGGGAAAGGAAAAGAGGAAACAACUGCUUCUGAUUUUUUGCCAGCAUGAAUCUGAUAGGCUUGACGUUUGGGCACAACCAAUUAGUCCAAAGGACAGUCCAUAUUCACGGCUGAAAAUUAGCUCUGAGAAAUGGACGGAAUAUGCUAAAAGUGCUUUUUCAGUGGAUCCCCGGAUUGCUAUAUCAUUAGCCUCGAGAUUUCCGGCAAAUAUUGCUCUGAAAUCUGAAGUCAUUCAGCUAGUUCAGGCUCAUAUAGUAGAUCUUCGUACAAUUCCUGAGGCGUUGCCAUAUUUUGUCACUCCUAAAACUGCUGAAGACAACCCAGUCCUGUUGCAGCAGCUGCCACACUGGGCUGCUUGUUCAAUUACACAGGCGCUUGAGUUCCUCACUCCUGCUUAUAAGGGGCAUCCACGUGUCAUGGCGUAUGUCCUGAGAGUUUUAGAGUUCUACCCCCCUGAGAGAGUCACUUUCUUCAUGCCACAACUAGUGCAGUCUCUGCGCUAUGAUGAAGGGAGACUGGUUGAAGGGUAUCUUCUUAGAGCUGCCCAAAGAAGUGACAUAUUUGCUCAUAUUCUCAUUUGGCAUUUACAGGGUGAGUCUGUUCAGGAAAUAGUGAAGGAUGGUGCUUUCUACAAGAAUGCAUCAUUCCAAGCAAUCUUGUCUGAGGUACGACAGCAUAUAGUGGAUGGUUUCACUCCCAAGGCCUUGGACUUGUUCAGAAGAGAGUUUGACUUCUUUGAAAAGGUCACAUCUAUUUCUGGGGCAUUAUUUCCUCUUCCAAAGGAAAAACGAAGAGCUGGAAUCAGGAGGGAAUUGAGAAAAAUCAAAAUGCAGGGAGAAGAGCUUUAUUUGCCAACUGCUCCUAACAAACUCGUCAGGGGUAUUCAGGUAGACAGUGGAAUACCCCUACAAUCAGCUGCCAAAGUCCCUAUCAUGAUAACCUUCAACGUUGUUGAUCGUGAUGGUGACCAUAAUGAUGUGAAACCACAAGCUUGUAUUUUCAAGGUUGGAGAUGAUUGUCGUCAAGAUGUUCUUGCCCUUCAAGUGAUAUCUCUUCUUAGAGACAUAUUUCAAGCUGCUGGUCUUAAUCUUUAUCUUUUUCCAUAUGGAGUACUCCCUACUGGUGCAGAGAGGGGUAUAAUUGAGGUUGUGCCUAAUACACGAAGCAGAAGUCAAAUGGGUGAAACAACCGACGGGGGUUUGUAUGAGGUUUUUCAACAAAACUAUGGACCCGUUGGAUCGACCACCUUUGAAACAGCACGAGAGAACUUCCUCAUAAGCAGUGCCGGUUAUGCUGUUGCUAGUCUUUUACUCCAGCCCAAAGAUAGACACAACGGAAAUCUUCUUUUUGACGACGUGGGAAGACUUGUCCACAUCGACUUUGGUUUCAUUUUGGAAACUUCACCUGGUGGAAACAUGCGGUUCGAGAGUGCUCAUUUCAAACUGAGCCACGAAAUGACUCAGUUGCUAGAUCCAUCGGGUGUAAUGAAAAGCAAAACAUGGCACCAGUUUGUGAGCUUGUGCGUCAAGGGAUACUUAGCUGCUCGGCGGCACAUGGACGGAAUCAUCAGCACGGUGCAAAUGAUGUUACACAGUGGAUUGCCUUGCUUUAGCAUAGGAGACCCGAUUGGUAAUCUUAGGAAAAGAUUUCACCCGGAAAUGAGCGAACGUGAAGCUGCACAGUUCAUGAUUCAUGUAUGCUCCGAUGCAUACAACAAGUGGAGUACUGCUGGAUACGACUUGAUUCAGUAUUUGCAACAAGGAGUCGAGAAGUAAACGAAUUUUUUUUGUUACCGAAAACCAAAGUAGGCUAAA